CAAUGUUCCAUAGAAUAUAAAUCCGUGUUUUUCUCACAUAAUAUAAAUUACAAAUCAUAUGCUGCGUAAUAUUAUUGCAAUUUGAACCAGUCUCGCCCACUUCCACACCCGUUUCUUAUUAUUCAACGAAAAAUUCAAACUCUUGGUUCAAAAGCCACCCCCAUUUAUAUACAUCGCAAACCCAUAAUUUCCCCCAAUACACAUAAAUAUAUAUAGUAUACACACGCUCGUUGAGUUAUUGAUAAAGUGUUCAACUUCCCAAAACGCUUCGAUUCUGAUUAGUUCCUUUCUUUACAACGUAACCCCAUAAAACAAAAAUGAACGACUUGUUCUCCGGCUCCUUCUCCCGCUUCCGCAACAGCGAUCAAGUCUCGCCGGAUAACAGCAACAACCACCACGUGAUCGAGAUGACGGCGGCGGCAGAGGGCGGCGUGCAAUUGAAUAAGUUCUUCGAAGAAGUUGAGUGGGUGAAAGAGGAGUUGAAGGAACUGGAACGUCUCCAUGAGAGCUUAAGUGAAUCGCACGAGAAGAGCAAGACCCUUCACAGCGCAAAAGCCGUGAAGGAGCUUCGUUCACGCAUGGACGCUGACGUGGCUUUGGCUCUUAAAAAAGCCAAGCUAAUCAAGGUCCGGCUCGAGGCACUGGACCGGUCGAACGAGGCAAGCCGAAACAUGCCUGGUUCGGGUCCCGGUUCGUACUCGGAUCGGACCCGGACCUCCGUGGUGAGUGGUCAGAGGAAGAAGCUGAAAGCUACGAUGGAGAGCUUCAACAGCCUGAGACAACAGAUAUCUUCGGAGUACAGGGAGACCGUACAACGUAGAUACUACACCGUCACCGGAGAGAACCCUGAUGAAAAAACCAUUGACCUCCUCAUCUCCACUGGCGAAAGUGAAACGUUUCUGCAGAAAGCGAUCGAACAGCAAGGUAGAGCGAGCGUGAUGGACACGAUACAAGAGAUUCAAGAGAGGCAUGACACGGUAAAAGAAAUAGAGAGAAACCUGAACGAGCUGCACCAGGUCUUCAUGGACAUGGCCGUUUUGGUGGAAACCCAGGGUGAACAAUUGGACGACAUUGAGAACCACGUGGCACGAGCCAAUUCGUACGUGAGGGGUGGGGUCCAGCAGUUGCACGUUGCGAGGAAGCACCAGAAGAAUACCCGAAAGUGGACCUGCAUAGCCAUCAUACUGCUCAUCAUAAUCAUCUUGAUCAUUGUUCUCCCUAUAGUCCUAAGAAAUUAAUUGAGACACUUUCAAAUGGGAAUUGGUGGCUGCUAAGAAGAAUUAGUUCAAAGCUUGAUAGUCAAGUCAACUCAUGCUGCCUUGACCAAUUGCAUUAGAAAAAUAUCCCAUACCUUGCUUUUGUAAUCAAUCUUGGAUUUUUUGGUCUCGUGUUGAUUUCAAUUUUCCCUGGUUUGAAGAUUGAGACACUCUCUAGAAGCCUAUGGAUAUGGUUAUGGUCCUUUCUUGUACUUUUUUUAAUAGUAUUAUUACUUUACUACCACGAAGAGCACUUGUUGAAGCUUAUCCCGUUUUGGUUUUGGCAUACGCCGGAAAGAGGAGAAGGGCGAGAAACGUUAACUCGAGGUGGUGUUCAUGGUAUUGGUGGUACAUUCUUUUGCAUAUAUGUAUUUUAUUUUUUCGUUAUAUUUUGCUUCAGUGUGUUCAAUUGUUUUGCGUUGUUAUACCUUUGUACAAAAAGUUGCACCUUAAUUAUUCAAUAGCACUGUUUUU